UCUCCCUGUUCUCACUUCGUCACCUUCCUUUUUUCUCUUCAUCGUCGCAAGAGUUGAAACGAAAUUCUCUCAAAAUUCAACAACAUUCAGCAGUACAAGAUUCUCCCUUCGUGUCUUCUUCAGCCCAUUGCUCGCAGACACAUCAAGAAUCAUACUGUAGAAGGAGAAGAAAAAGGGAGGAAGAAGAAAAGUUAGAGCCCAGAUAUGGGGGUGGAUUACUACAACAUCCUGAAAGUGAACCGCAAUGCGAGCGAUGAAGACUUGAAGAAAGCGUACCGCCGCUUGGCGAUGAUUUGGCAUCCUGACAAGAAUGUGAACAAGCAAGAAGCGGAGGCCAAAUUCAAGCAGAUUUCAGAGGCCUACGAUGUUUUGAGCGACCCGCAGAAGCGCCAGAUCUACGAUCUUUAUGGCGAGGAGGGCCUCAAAUCGGGUCAAGUCCCCCCUCCUCCACGUAGCUCUCGGACCCAUCACCAGGGUUUUUACAAUAACAGUCAGCAGCAUCCGAACCCUAAUUUCCGGUUUAAUCCGAGGAAUGCGGAUGAUAUUUACGCCGAGAUUUUUGGGGAGAAUAGCAAUGGGAAUGCUAGUGGGAGCAGUAAUAGCGGUGGGGCUAGGAGAGAUGGGUUUUUCAGGAGCACGACGAUGAAUGGCGGUGGAGGUAGGGAGUAUGCGGGUGGUGGAGGAUCGAGGAAGGCCGCGCCGGUGGAGAAUGUGCUGAUGUGUAGCUUGGAGGAAUUGUUCACUGGUUCAACCCGGAAGAUGAAGAUCUCUAGGACUGUGCUUGAUUCUCAUGGCAGGUCUCGGGUGUUGGACGAGAUCUUAACUAUUGACAUAAAACCUGGUUGGAAGAAGGGCACAAAAAUAACUUUCCCGGAGAAGGGCAAUGAAGAACCUGGUGUGAUUCCGGCAGAUCUCAUUUUUGUGGUGGAUGAAAGACCUCACUCAGUUUAUACGAGGGAUGGUAAUGAUUUGGUACUGAAGCAGGAGAUAACACUUCUUGAAUCCCUCACUGGAAAGACUUUGGAGCUGACUACAUUAGAUGGCAGGAAUAUAACGGUCCCUUUAACAGAGAUUAUCAAACCUGGACAAGAGGUUAGUGUCCCUAAUGAAGGAAUGCCAAUUUCAAAGGAUCCUCGCAGAAAAGGAAACCUGAGGAUCCAAAUUGAUGUCAGGUACCCAAAAAGGCUCACUGAAGCACAAAAAUAUGAAUUAAGGAGGGUUUUAGGCGGAAAUUCAUGAUAAUGUCUCGUCAAUAUUAGAAGAGAUAAUAUUAGUACAGGUAGAUAAUGCAGCAUUCGAGUGUAAAUAUGAAACAAGCAUGCUAUUGAAGUGUGUGAAUAUUAGAAAGAAUGUUCUUUGAGAGGAUCUCAAGUUUUUGAUUCCUUUAGCUCCGCCCCUAGGGAUUGGAUGGCAAAUGCAUCUUCACGGAGGAAGUGGAUCCUCAAAAUUUAGGGAGUACAUGUUUUGUGGGAUAAGAUACAUUAGACAUUUAUGUGGCUUACUCGUUGGGUCCUAGAGGUUUUUGUUUUAGUGGUCAGCAUUCGAUAUACUUGUAGAUUAGCUGUGUUCAGCAGCUGUUGAUGAGUGUAGAUUUGUUGCUGAACAAAUUUAAGUUUCUUGGACAGGGAAACAUCCAAUUAAUAAAUUCUUGAUCCACCUUA